GCUUCUGCCCGGUUUAGGGCUAACGUUGGGCACGCCUAUGUAGGGUAGCUGCUCCGGGGUUCCAGACCUGUGUGCGCGGGCCCGGAGGAGGCAUCAACACUUGGAGGAGACGGGGUAUUUUUAGCAACCGGUGAAAAGACCAACGCCAGCCAGCCAGUUAGCUAACGCCUGGAAAUAUAAUUCAUCUGACGUCUAACAUUAGCUGGCGGGGAGGCAUGCUAGUGUGUGUUGCAGGGUGAGUCAGGAUGGUGGACCAGCCUCUGUGGGAGCAGAUAGGAUCCAGCUUCGUGCAGCACUACUACCAGAUGUUUGACUCUGACAGAGCACAACUCGGAUCCAUAUAUAUCGAUGCGUCAUGCCUUACAUGGGAAGGACAGCAGUUCCAGGGAAAGAGAGCAAUUGUUGAGAAACUCACUAGUCUCCCCUUCACAAAAAUAGGGCAUAGUAUAACAGCGCAGGACCACCAGCCAACUCCAGACUGCUGCAUCUUGAGUAUGGUUGUAGGACAGCUAAAAGCAGAUGACGACCCCAUCAUGGGUUUCCAUCAGAGUUUCAUCCUGAAGAACAUUAACGAUGCAUGGGUGUGCACCAAUGACAUGUUCAGGCUGGCCAUUCACAACUUUGGCUAACCCCCCUCCCCACUCUGGUGGGCAGGGGCAGCCAUAGUGAAGGGCACUGUGUGAUGAAGUAUGGAGGGAGGACUUGAGGAUGGAGAGAAGAGAGAACACUCAUUCCUCCCUCCUGCUGUCUCAUUUACACCUGUUUGACAAACAGGAAAACACCGGAUUCUAGAUGUCAAUCACUGAACCUCAUCCAGGUGGGUUUUCAGACCACCCCAGCCAGUAGAACUGCGAUGUGUUUCUUUGCUGAGAGCCGGCCGACCAAUCAGAUGCCCCUGUCUGCCACUCCGCUGAUCUGCAUGAUGCUGGGAGCCCCCCAUUACAAUAUCUACACUCAAGCCACCAGAAAGACAAACAACUGACCGACGCCAUUAACUCAUACUGUGCUCUGCUCUCCACCCUUCUUUACUUAAGUCUAACCCAUUCUCCUCUACUGUUGACUCCACUGCUGUCAACUCGGUUCUGUUAGCACUGUUGUUGACUGGUUUUAGAUCCAUGUUCAGGUUCAGAGUCGGCUUCAUCAGUUCCGACUUCUUGUGUUGUAAGUUGUUUUUAGAGGCCACUUGUGUGUUGCCUUAGUGUGUUUAACUGAGUUUUAUCUUCCUUUAUACAAUUGUUUACUUUGCCAUGAUUCACUCUGUCAUGCCAGGUUUUGCUCUUGCAAACCAAAGAGUCAUGGAGGACAUAAAGUGUGACCUUGCUGUGCGAUUGGCUCUGAUCCUGCAUUCUCUCUUUCUCUCUGUCUCUUGCUCUUUCUGUCUCUCUCAAUCUCUGUCAUAAUCUUUCUCUCUCACACACAUGUCUGGCAGUUACCAUGGACUACAGCCACAAUAGACAAUAAAAUCUGGACUUUUUUCUUAA